UGUCACACACACACACACACACACACACACACACACACACACACACACACACACACACACACACACACACAGACAGACAAGCCUUUCUUCCUUGCACCAUGGACGACACUACACCUACCGUUGAGGCCGGACUUGGCGACACCAACGGCGUCGACCCGGCAGAGGCGGCCCGCUCUUCCAGAAAGGAGAACAGGGUCUACGUAGGCAACCUCAGCUACGACGUUAGGAGCAGUCACCUCAAGGAUUUCAUGCAGGGUGCAAAUCGGAAUGCCCGCAUAGAGUCGCUGCUUGCUCUGCUGGACAUUUCUAUCAUUUAGCGGCCAAUACGGCCACAAAUUUUCGCAUCUAACACGGA